UGACGUCUCUCCGAGCUGCAUGACUUGCCUGACUUGGGUUUCUCUUUGCUCCAGUAGUGCUGGUGACAUGUGAGUGCCUCGCCUGCCAAGAAGCCUCCUCGCUGUUUGAAGAGCUCUGCUGGUGUCUGUACCCACCCCUCAGCAUGAGUGGGUGCCAGGGGCAUCCAGAAUUAAACUGGCUGCAGGCGUCAUGCCAGGAGCUGCGCUAGCGCCUGUGCCCUCCCGGAGACAGCAAUAACAGCCCCUGCGAGGGCCGGCUCCCUCCAUCUCCUCCAAUGCAGGCUCAGGGAUGGACUCCUCCUUGUCCCCGUGAAGAGACUCUGCAUGCUCCCAGCAGCCAGGAGGGGAUUCUGCUGCCAGCUUCUUCACAAGCUGCCCCACAGCAGGACUUGCUCAGCGGUGCCUUGGGAGGAUCUCCGGUCACACACUCGUGUCCCAGCGGCGCCCACUGCCUGCCUAUGGAGCAGCCGCUCUGUGUGUUCUGUCUUCUCUGAGCUGCUCAGCCCACGCCGUCCAAGCUCACCUGGGCUUCUGGCAGACUGCUUGUUUGUUGUCCCAGCUGCUCUCCCUGCUCCUGUUGCGUUCCCUCUCUCGCAGAGCCCCAGGAGGAUGUGAACUUUGGCAUGGGGUCUGCGAGCGGGCGGUGGACUCGGCGCGCCUGUGGGACUGCUGCUAAAUAACAGGAGGGGUGGGGACGCUGUGGGCAGCCCUUCUGACUGGCUGCAGGGCACCAGCCUUGCCUGGGCCCUUCACCAUGUUCCUCCUGCUCCCCUUUGACAGCCUGGUUGUUAAUCUCUUGGGGAUUUCCAUAACUGUCCUCUUCACCCUGCUGCUGGUCUUCAUCAUCGUGCCGGCGAUCUUUGGAGUCUCUUUCGGCAUCCGCAAGGUUUACAUGAAAACGCUGCUGAAGGUGUUCCAGUGGGCGACGCUGAGGAUAGAGCGCGGUGCCAAGGAGAAGAACCACCCCUUGUACAAGCCCUAUGCCAAUGGCAUCAUUGCCAAGGAGCCAACGUCGCUGGAGGAGGAGAUCAAGGAGCUGCGGCGCAGCGGCAGCAGCAGGGCCCUGGACACGCCGGAGUUUGAGCUCUCAGACAUCUUCUACUUCUGCCGCAAAGGCAUCGAGACCAUCAUGGACGAUGAAGUGACCAAGAGGUUCUCAGCUGAGGAGCUGGAGUCCUGGAACCUGCUCAGCAGGACCAACUACAACUUCCAGUACAUCAGCCUGCGCCUCACCGUGCUCUGGGGCCUGGGUGUGCUCAUCCGCUACUGCUUCCUGCUGCCCCUCCGGAUAGCCCUGGCCUUCACUGGCAUCAGCUUGUUGGUGACUGGUACUACAGUGCUGGGGUAUUUGCCAGCUGGAAGGUGCAAGGAGUUCCUGAGCAAGCACGUGCACCUGAUGUGCUACCGGAUCUGCGUGCGAGCCCUCACCGCCAUCAUCACCUACCACCACCGAGAGAACAGACCCCGCAAUGGAGGCAUCUGUGUGGCCAACCACACAUCCCCCAUCGAUGUGAUCAUCCUGGCCAGCGAUGGCUACUACGCCAUGGUGGGCCAGAUCCACGGGGGGCUGAUGGGGGUGAUUCAGAGAGCCAUGGUCAAGGCCUGCCCCCACGUCUGGUUCGAGCGCUCCGAGGUCAAGGAUCGGCAUCUCGUCGCCAAGAGGCUCACAGAGCACGUCCAGGACAAGAGCAAGCUGCCCAUUCUUAUCUUUCCUGAAGGUACCUGCAUCAACAACACCUCUGUGAUGAUGUUCAAAAAGGGAAGCUUUGAGAUUGGAGCCACAGUUUACCCUGUAGCUAUCAAGUAUGACCCACAGUUUGGAGAUGCCUUCUGGAACAGCAGCAAGUACGGCAUGGUAACCUACCUCCUGAGGAUGAUGACGAGCUGGGCCAUUGUCUGCAGCGUCUGGUACUUGCCCCCAAUGACCAGGCAGCCUGAAGAGGACGCUGUCCAGUUUGCCAAUCGAGUGAAGUCAGCCAUUGCCAGGCAGGGAGGCCUUGUGGAUCUGCUCUGGGAUGGAGGACUGAAGAGGGAGAAGGUGAAAGACACAUUCAAGGAGGAGCAACAGAAACUCUACAGCAAAAUGAUUGUAGGCAACCAUGAAGACCGGAGCCGCUCCUGAGCCCUCUGCCUCCAGCACUGGGCCUGGGCCUGGCCAGGGCCUUGUCCCCCACACAAGCCAGGGCUUGUCUGCAGCAGCUGUGAAUCUUUGGACUUUGGCUGCUCCAGAGCUACUUGGACUUGCUCCUUCAUCCUCUGGCUGUUCUUUCCCAGAGGCUCUGUUGCUGCCCAGAGCGUGCAGGCCCUGGGCAGCUCGUGGCAGAGGCCUUCUCGUUACUGUUACAGUGAAGCCCCUUGCAGGGGCAAUAUUAAAUGAAACACUUCUGGUGUCAGAUGCUUCCAUGUGGUGUUUACAGGC